AUGAGUCACUCAGGUCACUGUAUACCUCCCACAAGCAGCCUGCCUCCUGUGCGGUCACUGCGUGCCCUCACCGAGGAGCAGAUAUCCUCCGCCAUACGCAACCUCCACUCCAUUUACUGUCCGCUCCGCCUGCCCCGAGCUUUCAGGCCCCAUGUGGAGCCGAAGGCACUACUGAGCAUCCCACCUACGCCCGUGGACUCCGGAUACGCCUCCCACAACGAGGACGACGACGACGACGACGACGACGACGACGACGACGACGACGACGACUCUGAAGAUGCCCUCGCCAGCCUUCGCGCCGACGACUUCGAGCGCAAUUUCGCGGUGCGCUGGCUGACGGCCUUCAUCGCGCGGGCAGAAGAGCUGGACUCGCUCGCCGAAGACACGCGCAUGCGCCUGAUCGACGACGCCGCCUUCGUGCUCGCCUCGUUCAACGACGACGUGAAAAGGGGCGGCGGCGACGGCGACGACGACGACGACGCAGACGACGGCAUCACCCGCAGCUUCUCGUUCCCCUCGCCCUCCGGCGACAUCCAAGUGCGCCUGAACGACGCCCCGCUCUCCGGCACCGACCACACCGACGUCGGCCUGCAGAGCUGGGGCGCCUCCAUCGUCCUCUCCGGCCUGAUGUGCUCCUCGCCCGCACGCUUCGGCCUGGAGCCCGCCCAGCUCGGCCCGGCGCCCACCAUCGUCGAGCUCGGCGCGGGGACGGGCCUGGUCAGCCUCAUGCUCGCGAAGCUGCUCCCGCGCCUCUUCGCCGGCCGGCCGUCGCCGACCAUCGUCGCCACCGACUACCACCCGGCGGUGCUGGAGAACCUCAACGCCAACAUCGUCACCAACUUCCCCCCUUCGUCUUCCUCUUCUCCUCCUUCUUCCUCCUCCUCCUCAUCCCCAUCCGUCUCCUCUCAACAAGACGACGACGACGACGACGACGACGACGACGACGACAACAACACCAGCGCCCCACCACCCGUCCAAACCCGCCUCCUCGACUGGUCCGACCCCUCGCCCGCGCUGUCACGCCCGCCAUUUGACGCAUCAUCUACCACCGGCAGCGGCAACGUCCGCAUGCUCGUCGCCGCCGACGUCAUCUACGCGCCCGAACACGCCGUCUGGCUGCGCGACUGCGCGGCCCGCAUGCUGGCGUCGCCGUCCACCGGCGGCGGCGUCUUCUGGCUCAUCGCCACGGCGCGGCCCAGGUCCGAACGCUUCGCGCCGCUCGUCGACGCGGUCGAGGCGGCGUUUGCGGACGAUGCUGGGGAUGACAACGGCGACCGGGCGCGGCGGCUGGGGAUUUUGGGGGUGGAGAGGCUGGAGAAGACGAGGGGGGUGGGCAGGGGGGAUGAGGGGUAUUAUAAGUUGUAUAAGAUUGGGUGGGUUUAG